AUGGUCAAUAAGUUUUGUGUAGUUUGCGGUGAUAAAGCAACUGGUUAUAAUUUUAAUGCAUUAACGUGUGAGUCGUGUAAAGCAUUUUUCAGACGAAAUGCUCUAAAACAGAUCCCUCGAUGCAAAUUUCAAUCCAAUUGUGUCAUCGAUUUAGUUAUGAGACGGAUGUGCGCCGCCUGUCGACUGAAAAAAUGUAUGGAUUGUGGAAUGAAAAAAGAAUGGAUUUGGAACGACGAGGCAAAGGAAAGUCGGCGCAUGAAAAUCGAGUCCAACCGUAAUAAACGUACGUUUGAUGAGAUGCGCGACACAGACAUUGAGACACACCAGAGACCGGCCAAACAGCAAAUGGUUAUCGACCCGACCUAUCAGUACGAGUUGACCCGAUUCUCGGCGCUUAUCUACCAGAAAGCUGUCGAACUUGAGUUGUCGGUCAUACCCAUUGCCCGUCCGGUUAACGAUUUUACCCAAACCUAUAAUGAGUUGGAAUGCAAUCGUUUGAAUGAAUUGUUUAACGCAACCAAACUUAUUGAAAGUCAAUCGACAGCCGCCGCCAGUAAAACACUCACUAAAGAUGAUAUUAUCUAUGCGUUGGACUCAAAGUGUGUUCAGGAGAUUCGCAAUAUUAUACGACUGUCCAAAAUGUUAAUCGGAUUCAAUAGUAUCAACAAACAGGACCAGGAGAAGCUCAUCAAACGCGGAUGCAUUCAAAUAUAUACUAUGCGAUCGGUUACCUAUUAUGAUAAUAAUUUGGAAAGUUGGAAUAUUAAACUGGAUCAGCGCAACACUGUUAUGCUUAGACUCGAUGACGUCCGUAAUUCUCAUACAAUGUACUCACAAUUUAAAGACUAUUUAAAACGAUUUAAAUAUGAAUUGGACAACGAUUAUGGUAUACUUGAUCUUAUGACAGCUAUUGUUUUAUUUAAUCCGGAUUAUGAUGACCUCGUAGACAAAGAACUAAUUAAACAGGAACAAAAAAUUUAUAUGUAUUUAUUAAAACGUUAUUUGCAUCGCAAAUAUCAUACGACAUGUGAAGCAAACGGAAAAUUUUUGAAUUUGUUGAACACUUUAGUCGAUUUGCAAUACUUGGAGAAUAAGGUUCAACAAGACUUUCAAAUCAGACACACAAUGAUGCCAUCGAUGGCACCAAACAUUGGAAAUGACUCAAACAAACAGUGGGAUAACUGUCCCGAAAGACUGACAGUCAGUUGAUAAACAAAUAAAUCUUAAAUAUUAUAUAAUUUAAUAUUAAA